CUAGACGAUCGUCCUUCUUACAAAGCACUCUCCUACACAUGGGGGAGUGAGUCCGACCCAAAUCACACCAUAUACCUCAAUGGUUAUCAAUUCGUAGUGAGGGAGAACCUUUCGAAUGCUUUAAGGCGUUUCCAAUCCGACAACGUUGAGCUAGUGAUAUGGAUCGACGCCAUCUGUAUUAACCAGACCAGUGAUAUAGAGAGGAACCACCAGGUUGCCAACAUGAAGAUGGUUUACGAGCAGGCCACUGAGGUAGUCGUCUGGCUUGGUUUAACCAACGAGGAGAGUGAUCUGGCAAUCCAGCUAAUAUAUGAGCUCUAUAAUCACCGCGAAUCAACAGAAUGGAUUACGGAACGGUUCUCAAAGCCAGACAUGAAACAGAAGCUGGAGAGUCUUGCGGAUUUAUUCAGACGCGAUUAUUGGUGGAGAAUCUGGAUUGUGCAGGAGCUCACCGUUGCGAGGAGAAUCGUCUUCUAUUGUGGCGAAAGUUCCAUCGAAGCAGAGUCUUUAUAUGCUAUUCAGCAACUCUUUCAGCAAAUGUCAAAACUCGAAGGGUUUCCCAAAGAUAUAUUGCUGGAUGAUCUAGUAUCCGCUAAACCAAACUUCUAUACUUGUUUACUGCAUCACUAUAAUAGAGAAUCUUCGGAUCCGAGAGAUAUGAUCUACGGGCUAGCAGCACUAGCAAAUCAGACAAGUAAAUAUAAAGUCGAGGUAGACUAUAAACUAUCAACAAGAGAUGUGUUCACAAAUUUCGCCAAACUGGAAAUCGAGACCUCGAAGAAGCUAAACAUUAUUACUCGAGUUCUUCCUGGCACAAACGUGCACGAGUUGCCGUCGUGGGUCCCAGAUUGG